UCUUAACGGCCAAGUAUGCGUUUUAUUGCACCUCUAGGCAAUUUUAUAAACGGAAAAGAGGGACUGGGGAUCUUGAAAGAACUAGAGGGAGGCAUGCAGGUCGGUCGUCCCCACUCGCGCCAGGCCAACUCACACUCGUCCCAAGCAAAUUCAGUCUGCUUCAACCAACGGGAGCGCCUGCGCCGAGCGAGUUCAGUGAUUCUAAGUUGUACGAAAUUUAGUGCGAUUCAGUCGAAACCAAGUCGAGGAAGCGUAGAAAGGAGUACCGACAAUGGUAUUGACUCCGUAUUUCGACAAGUGGAUGUUAAAAUGCUGAUAACACAGUACACGGCACUCCUUCUGCAGACCACCAAGAAGACAGCCCUGGUUUCGCCCACGUUCGUCCACGGGAGAAUCAGAGGGGAUGCAUUCCUGGAGCCGUACAUGGAGGGGUUGGGGAGGGAGGAUUCCAUCACAAAGACAGGAGUCAGGAGUCUCACCAACUCCCCGGUCCAGGACAACAGGAAGAUAUCGUCUCAUUUUAUCAUCGACUUGAAGCAGGAGCAGAAAAAGCAAUCCAUAGACCAGGUCGAUGGAGUGUGCAAGGAGCAGGAUAGCGGUGAGGAAUCAUCCCGUGAAUCUAGUGGUAGUGUGUGCGAGGAAGAGACGCCAUGUGGCAUCGGCCUCAUGGAACGUCUCAUCCGAAGCCACCCGGUAUGGUUCCUGCCCGACAUCCAGAGAGCCGGGGCUUUCCAUCUCCUCCAGGGCAAGGAAGAAGGGAAUUUUGUAGUUAGGCAGUCUUCACAAUCUUCGACGAUGGCGAUAUCAGUUAGGCUGCCAGUCGGGAAAGGACCUUACAUAGAACACUAUUUGAUCCAAGCUGGACCUGACAACCAACUCAGCCUUGAAAGUAGUGAAAACAAGUUUCCAAACAUUCCAGAUCUAAUUGCACAUUAUGCUCAAUGCUGUGAUGAACUUCCUGUUCAAUUAACCCUACCUCGAGCUAUCCGAGAUGCCAAAAACCGACAGCAACUCUCUUCCCUUGCACUUCUAGGUCAAGAAUUCUGGGGAUACCCAAUGGCUAAUCCAAGACCUAUACAAAUAACACCGGAACCCCAGACCCAGCAGGUUUCUGAGUCGACUACAGGUCUCAACAGUUCGCUUCCGAGUAGCCAGGCAAGCAGUCUGAGCAGCUUUGGCAGCGGUAAUAACAAUAACCCAGGUAGAAGCCCGACAGGUGAAAUGGACCCAAUUGUCCUCAACUUGACCCCUCUUAACGAUCAAGCUCAGCUCAACAGUCUUCUUUCUACCUUUAAAGGCUCCCCACCGAAUGAGUCAGUUGGGAGUCCAAAUUCAAACAGUUGCGAAUCUCCUGUAGCACAUGCAUCCUUACCCUCACUGCGAGCACCCAGGCCAACACCUCCUAACACGCUUAAUCUCAUAAGCACAUCGGCUAACAACAAUUCAAAUUGUAAAUCAGUUUCAAGCCCACCAACAUCCCUAGGGGUAGUGCCCACAAAAACACCUCCUCCACCACCUCCGAGAUGGUCUAAACCAGCCCCAAACUUCACAGUAACAACUACUGUAACAUUUUCCAUGAGAGAAACAUCUACUUCUUCUCCUCCGCUACCGCUUGAUAAUUCUUCAAAGCAAGCAUCAUUAUGUGAUAGCGAGAGCUUGCCAUCUUUGGCAAGUGGAACAGCGACCCUAGAAUCGAACAAAACCUCAAAUAUAAAGUCACCAGUUUCAGACCCUCUGCCUGGAAAUGUUUUCUCUCCGACCGGUUCCGAGACGAAAAGUUCUCUUAUGUCACCGAUUUCGGAUUCAAAACCAGCUCACAGGAGAAGCAAAAGGCAUAAAGAAUCCAGGCAUUAUCAGGAAUCUGAUAUUUUGGAAUCUCCGACUGUCUACUACCGAAGUUCCGUCGCUGACAAAGUCAGCGACUAUGAGGACAUCUGGGGACCAGAAUCUAUGACCACAUUCAAACCGAGAUCUAGCCCUUUUAUGUCUCCUGAUGAGGGUGUGAGAAAAGUUCCUGAUAUACUAGACAGAAUCCCACCUUGCCCUGCGCCUAGGCCUAGCCUUAACGCAGCUCCCUCCACACCACAUCCGAGUCCCAUCACACCAUCAGAGCCCCAAACACCUACUGAAACUGCCCCAAGCAAUAAUAAACAAUCGUCGCCAUUUUAUUGUGAGCCUGCGGAUGCCAUCAAAACAGCAGCACUUGAAGUAGCAAGGCGAAGGAAUCGAAAUGUACAUAGAAGCAAUAGACAUUCUGACCCGGCAACUCUUCUCCAAUGGCCUUCUAACGCACCACCAGGGAUUUUAGAAAGGAUAGACUCUAAAGAGGAGCUUUCAUUAACUGGUCUUUCAUCUUCAGUAGAUAAUUUAGUUGGUCCUAGAAGGCUUGGAAGGAGAAUAGGUAUUUUGGAAAGAGGUAAAGGAAAACCUAAAAUUUCGAAAAGAUUUCAAGGAAAAUCACUUCCUGAGAACUCCUGGGCUGUAGAUUCUAGCUGGGAAUUCAUAGGAAAUGAAGAAGAUCCGGGUUCAGAGCAAGAAGACAUCACUAGCCCUGAAGAAGGAUUAGAUAGAAAAUUCCCUUCUUUGGAACAACAGGAUAAUGAAAGUCCUUGUGCUAAAGGAAUCAGUAUUCAAGAACUUAUAGCUGAACGAUGUCCGGAGUUGAGGCUUCAGACAGAGCUUUUAGCGAUGCGUAACGACCCUGCCAAGUCUGAUUCAUCAGGGAACAGUGGCUCUCGAGUUAGUGCUUAUGAUAAUGUCACAAAUCAACAAAAUGGUGCUUCAACCCAAUCUCACAUCAGUGAUGAUGAUACACAGACAAUUUUCUCCGAGCCUUGGGACAGUUCAAGGUGGGAAACCCUUUUGGAGAGAGGUGAUGAUUGGCAAAGGGGAGAAGAAAGAGUUAACAUAGUCAGGACAAAAAGCUUCAAGGAACGCCUUGAUCCAUUUUUAUGUGCACCUCGUCUUGCUGCAUUGAAGAGGACCAGAGAAUGUGGGGGAACAGGCACCUUGAUAAGGUCAUACACCCUCCAGCUUGCAGGAGACAACACCACAGUUUUCGCCCAAACAAUCGACAACUUUAUAUCGUGUACGAGGGAGUCGAAGGAGACGAGGCCGCAGGUGGUGAUGAGAAACAUGCGCCAGUUCAUGACCGGAAUGAAAAACUACUUGGUGACUCACGGGGAACGGGAGUUCGAGCUGCAAGUUGAAAAGGAACGGAACAAGCUUCGUGCUAAUGAGUUUCUCAAUCUGGAUGCAAUACUCGAAGGAGUUAUGCAUAAACUGGUCGUGAGGCCUUUGAGGGAACACCUCUAUAGACUGUUUGUCGAUGAAUAUUCUGAAAAGAGUGCCAUCCAAUUGCUAGCUGAAAACAUCAAAUACGCAAGAACCAAGUUACCCAAAGAUAUCGGAAUUAAGCCCCAUAUCAUCCUACCAAGUGAGAAAGACAUGGAAGAAAUUUGUUCAUACCUUCAAAAGGUCCAGGAAGUCGAUUCACCGUUAGAAAAACUGGAAAACCUCCUUUCUGCAAUUGCUUCAAUAUACAGUACAGUGAAAGUAAGCAAUGGUUCCAGUAAAUCAGGAAAUUUUGUCCUCGGCGCUGAUGAUUUUCUUCCACUCUUUGUUUGGGUACUUGUACAAAGUGGUAUGGUAGCCGCGGAAAUCGAAGCGGAUUACAUGUGGGGUCUUCUGCACCCGUCUUUGCUCUCUGGAGAGGGCGGCUACUACCUCACGACACUCUCAAGCGCCGUACACGUCUUAAAGAGUUUCAGGGCUUCUUCGGAAGAAUACACUGCGUCUGGUUCCUCUUUAAAUUGGGGUCCUGGCCCGUUGGCGGAAUUCAGGUCUGUUUUGAAAAUCGUCGUCCCGGAUGAGAUGAACGGUUCGAUAAUCACGAAGACACUGCCGAUCAGACCGAACAUGACGACGAAAGAUGUAUGCAAAAUCAUCGCACACAAAGUUCGAAUCACAAAUCCACAGGAUUAUGGACUGUACAAGCUUAUUGAUGGAGAAGAAACGUUACUGGCUGAUGGUGAAUGCCCCCAGGACAUCAAGGGGUCGCUGAGCUCUUCUGGACAGCACUGUAUGUUCGCCUACAAGAGGAUCGAUGCCAAGAUCGCAUGGCCCAAAAGUACGUCUCAUUAGGUCAAAAUUCCUCUACCUCACUGCUAUCACGGGUCUUUCCUCAUUUUUUAAUAAUUGCAAAACUAAAAAUUUAAAAAAGACGAUCUUUCACGAUUGCGCUUUCAACUCAGGACCGAAUUGAUUAGGAAGGAGGGGGAUGAUGAUUGAUCAUUGAUUGAUUUUUUUGAAGCUGGAUUAACCAACACAAAAUAAUAUUCCUUUCGUUUUAUUUUCCAUUGUGUAAAAAUAAAAAUAAAUAUAUUUAAAAAAUAUAUAUAUAUAUAAAAUACAAAAUAAGGGAUCAUGUUAUAUGAUUUUUGAGAAUUUCUCUUAGAAUUUCUUAAUUUUGAUUUUGUAAAUUAUUAAUAAAAGUAGCUUUUAAUCAUAUUUUCAAAGAAUGACCAUAUUUUUAGAAGUAUUAUAUUUUAAUUUUGUUUUCUUUAGUUUCAAUUUCACUUUCAUGAGGGGCCUUAAGUAGCUGUCAAAAUGGUAGAAAUAGAGCAGGAUACUUUUUCUCUUCAUGCACAGUAUGAUAAAGAAAACAAAAAAAAACUAUUUUCUUAAGGAAACAAAAUUCUUUAGAAUCAACCAUUAUCUCUUAUUUAAUUAAAAUAUACUUCAAGUAUUUUAUUAUAAUUGAAAAAAAAAAAUCAGAAUUAAAACUAAUACUAAUGCUAGUCAAGGAACAUUUGUUUCGUAUGUAAUGCAAUUUUUAAUGUUUAUAGUCGUUACUGUUAGUGAGUGACAAUAUCGAAUGUAUUUGAAAAGCUAAAACAUAAGCGUUUAACACCUAUAUUUGCUCACAUUGUGUUUCUAUUAUGUAAAGACCAUGUCUCUUUCCUUGUAUUUAGUACAUGGAUAUUGUUGCUCAACAUCUAGAAAAAGAAGUGUAAACAUUGGAGUCAAAAAAGAAACUAUUAUAAUAAUUAAUAAAUAAUAAAGCUGGGGGUGCAGGCUUACUAUUAAAAUGGAUUUAGGAUGAUAAUCUUUGAUGCGAUAAAAACCGGUUUUUCUCGUUUUUAUGACUUCUUUAUUAAAAUAAAUAAAAUGACAAUACUAUUUUCAACAGAGAUGUAAGCGACCACAGUAGGUUUUAUUCAAUCGAGCUUCUGUUGUAAUAAGUACAGUUCUAAAUCCAUUUGUUUUAUUAAUAAAAACCAAUAACUAUCAAUGUGUUGUGAAUUUGUACAAUUAAUUUGUAUAUAAGCAAAUUUUUUCAGUAUAGUUGUGAAUUUUGAAGAGCCCAUAUCUUCAAAGGUUUUUCGUCUGUUUGUAUGUAGAGUUGUUCAUAUAUAAUUUAGAUUUUAAUAUUUAUCCAGUUUUCUAUUCUUGUAAAAAGUUUUAUUUUCUAUAUUUUACCCUCGUUCAAUCUUCUGGCCGAAGCUGAGGUCGACCGAAGCUACUAACAAAUUUCAAUCAGUCAGUAGUGUUUACAUAACUGAAUCGUCUUGUUUUUGUAGCUUUGCAAUAAACAAGUCAACUUUAAAAAAUAAA